AUGGCGGCGGGCAGCUCGGGCACCGGCAUGGGCUGGCGGGCUCCCCUGGAAGGCCUUCAGAUCACUGACAGCAUUGUCCCAGGGCUUCCUUGGCCUGUGCCAGGAACGCGGAGCGCAGCAUUCACCAUCCCCUCCCUGAAACAGCGGUCCCCGAGGUGCUCCACAGGCAGGGCCGAGCUGGGCGACGGGGAGCCCAGACCCUGCACGGGUCGCCCUGAGCGGCGGGGACGCAGGAAGAGCUCGCCGGCUCCACAAGCCCCUACCCCAGAUGCGGGACCCGGGACCAGAGAGGGCCUGGAGCCCCCGCCCCAUGGCUGCCAGGAGGCGGACACGGGCAGCUCCUGGGGGGCUACCGCCCCGAGGCCGUUACGCCAGAACUUGAGCGAUCUGGGAAGGGGCAGCGCCCCGCCCUUGAAGAGGAACCUGUGUCCUAGAGGCAGCAGCCUGGGAUCUCCUCCUCCGAGGACACCGCAAAGGCGAGUGACUCUGGCGGCGCAGCGCUGGCUUUCCCGUCCGCGGAGGAGGAGAGCUGCGGGGCUGGAUGAGCUGGACCAGGGAGGACGGCUGGCUGCUUUCGGCCUCCGAUGGGGAGUGGACAGCUUAGGGGGUUGUCCCCGUGCCAGCCGGCCUGCUGGCCACUCUGGGCUUCAUCACAGCCUCACCUGCCUGCACAGGCACCUAGCACUGCAGGCUGGAGCUUCUGGCCAUGCUGGUCAACUUCCCCAACGAGCCUCUGCUGCCUGGGAACAGCAAGGCCAGAGCUACACCGCCCUGCACUUGGCAGCCAUGUACCUUGGAGAUGGUGAAGCUGCUAGUGGGGACAUAGGACGCCAAUGUGGACAUCAGGGACUACAUUGGGAAAAGGGCCUCCCAGCAUGUGAGUCAGAGCAUCACAGAAGAGAUUGAGACCCUGAUGGGAGUCCUGGACAAGGACGAUGGGGAGAGCACCGCCAGCAGCGGGGAUGGGUACUGGAAGAUUUAAAAGCUGCCCCCUCCAUCUCACCACCUACAAACUGUCACAUGUCCUGGAAGAUGGGGGGACCCUCUCCACCAUCACCACUUGGCUGAAGGUGGUCCAGAGGUGAAGCCAAGGAUUCCAGGGUGCACAGCCUCAGGCAGGACUAAUGGACUUAAAAAACACAGGCUCAACAAAAUCCACUUCACAACCCAGAUGGUUCACAUCACACCCUCUUUCAGGGACCCAGAGCAGCCACUGGAAGAGGAGGAGUAGGAACGCUCUCUUAAAGUCCACUUAUCCUAUUCCUUCAAAUUAAGACCAAAGUCCAAUGUAUUUAGGUAAAAAAUAAUUUCUUUUAGAAAAUGCCAAGGUUUGUCUUCUGAAAUUUAAUAACAGAAACAAAAAAACAACACUAGAUGUAAAGAAGUGAGACCAGAAAAGACAAACUAAACUAUCCUUACUAGGUUGGAAUGGAUGGGGUGGAGUUCCCAUCGGGCUAGCAUUCUGGGGAAAGUGUUUUUUUUUUUUUUUUUUUUUUUUUUGGCGGUGGGGGGAAGGAGUCUCGCUCUGUCGCCCAGGCUGGAAUGCAGUGGCGCCAUCUCCGCUCACUGCAAGCUCCGCCCUACGGGUUUAUGCCAUUCUCCAGCCCCAGCCUCCCAGUAGCUGGGACUACAGGCGUCCGCCACCACAUACGGCUAAUUUUUUUGUAUUAUUUUUAGUAGAGACGGGGUUUCACCGUGUUCUCCAGGAUGGUCUCGAUUCCUGACCUCGUGAUCCGCCCACCUCGGCCUCCCAAAGUGCUGGGAUUACAGGCGUGAGCCACUGCACCUGGCCGGAUUUCUUUUUAAGAGAUUCAUCAUACCUUGACCUGUGCCCCAUUUCCCUCCUCCACCUGUCUGACCUGGCAUUCCUAUUUCGGGAGACCAGAAGUGGGGGGAAGAGAAGGGAUGACUGUUUCUUUGCUUUCACCAUUCCUGCAUGCCAUGCAAAGGAAGGAAUACUGCGUUUUUAAAUAUCUGUUUUAUUAAGUGGUUACUCUUUCAAGGACAAAAAAAUGCAAAUUGUUACAAAACUGGUAGUAUUUGUAAGUGCAAGUACUACAUGCUGCCUUAUUCUUUUACCAAUUGCAUUUGCAUUUUAAGGUACUACUGGUACAGCCACGGUGGAGAACAGUUUGGAUGUUCCUCUAAACACUGAAAAUAGAGGUGCCACAUGAUCCAGCAAUCCCACUGUUGGAUAUAUACCCCCAAAAUAAGAAAUGAGUAUAUCGAAGAAAUUAUCUGCACUCCCAUGUUGGUUGCACCACUGUUGACAAUACCUAAGAUUUGGAAGCAACCUAAGUGUCCAUCAACAGAUUAAUGUAUUAAAGAAAAUGUGGUAGAUACACACAGUGGAGUAUUAUUCAGCCCUAAAAAGAAUGAGAUUCAGUCAUUUGCAACAACAUGGAAGGAACUGGAUAUCAUUAUGUUAAGGGAAAUAAGCCAAGCAUGGAAAGGCAGACAUUGCAUGUUCUCACUUAUUUGUGGGAUCUAAAAAUCAAAACAAUUGAACCCAUGGACAUAGUAAGUACAAGGGGGCUGGGUGGGGGGAGACAGGGCAUGGGUAAUGGGUACAAAAAUAGGGAGAAGGAAUGAAUAAGACAUACUAUUUGAUAGCACAACAGGGGGACUCUAGUCAAUAAUUGUACAUUUAAAAAUAACUAAAAGAAUCUAAUUGGAUUGUAACACAAAGGAUACAUGCUUAAAGGGAUGGAUACCCACUCUCCAUGAUGUGAUUAGUUCAUGCUGCAUGCCUGUAUCAAAACAUCUCAUGCACCCCAUAAAUAUAUGUGCCUAUUAUAUACUCACAAAAAUGCUUGAAAAUAAAAAUAAAGGAACUACUGAAGGUCAGGUCAGAGUGGAAAUGCAAAAAUACUAAUUAGAGAAUAAUGUGAAUACAACAGGAAUCCUGUUGGUAUUCUAUUUAUAUUGUAAGCAGCAGUUCAAUUGUUUUGUAAAAGCGAUUCAAUUUUAAUCACUGAACUAAAGAAAUGGGCAACGCUGACUUCCGUAAUAUAGGUUCUACCUAACCAUCUCUAACACCGCUGUCAAGGAGGACCAGUGUUAAGGUACAUUACUAACAACCACACAAAUUUUUAAAAGAAAAGAACACUCUUAGCAGCCUAUGGUACUUUGAAAUGAAAUAUUGCCUCUCAUUCUCAUUUGUGUUGCCAUUCCAAAAGUUUGAAUUUGCUGAGGUUUAUAUUCUGGGUACUAUAUAACCAUUGGUUCUGUUUUUCAUAACCCUAUUAAAUGGUUGCUCAGAGCUGAAUUACCUACAGAAACUUUCUGGUUUAAUUAGCAUAAAUUGGUAUAAAUAUUAGUGAGCCCAUACUUCUGUGAUAUAAUUAAACCAACUUAAUGAUUCUCACAUAAGGUGUCAAUUUAUUUUACUAAUGCAUUCAUAAUCUAUGCUUUGUAGCAACAUUUUUCAAAUGUUUAAAAUGCUAAAUCUUCUCAAUUUUCCAAUCUUUUCUUGAAUCUAUUAGAUACCUAUAGUGUAUUUACUGAAUAGCUGGGAAACAAAUACACCUAGUUAGAAAUGGCACUGCUUUAUAAAAGGCACUAGAGAAAAGACGAGACUAUUUCUAUAUUUAAAUGCUGCUGGCAAGUGAAUUCCUUUGUAAAUAAAUGAAAGAUACCAUUCAUUAAAAUGAAAGACUUGUUUUAAGUGUGAUUCUUACAUUUCAUUCAUUUAUGAUAGAGUAAAUGGCUUUAUAAUUACUUUAAAAUUUAACUCACUAGUACAUUAAAUCUGUUCAUUGCAAGAUUAGAAUCAACUGUGAGGGGAACUAAUUUAAACAAGCCCUUCCUUAGUCUUAUUGAGUCUCAUAUUUGCUGAAAGUACCUACAGCUUGCAGGAUAAGGGAGUUCAUGGACCAUAGGGUGAGUGAACCCAUGCACAGAUUGCAAACUGCCCAGAGCUACAACAUUUAGGAUUUUUAAACCUUUAAUUUUCCAAGUCAUAGAAAUUUGUUACAGGUUCAUCACCUCUUUGUCUAAAUGGCAAUUGAAUUUCUUUAAAGAUAGGUUAAAAAAGGCAUAAAACUAUGAAUUAUUAUCCAUUUAUGUGCCUCUAUUUUUGCUUUAGAAUUAUGGAAGUGGACCCUUUGAAUUUGGGAAACAGUGUUAUGUAUACACAUGGGUGAAAAACAGUCUAACAUUGUGUAAAUUAAAAUACUUUUUUUGAAGUUGAAAAACAUCCAUUUGUUCUAAAUCUAUAUAUAUUAUGUGUAUCUAGUACAGAAUAAGCUGUAACUUCUCAUUGAGUAAUCUUUGGUUUUACAGAUAUGUAAAGCUGAAGCAACUCUAAAGAGUAGACACUUCAGAACAGGAAGGUUCUGGUCAAUGUUGAGAGUAGACACUUUCACUGAAUGUUCUGGUGAAAUGUGGGUAACUAAUUGCUUGAAAUCUAUAAUUUGCUAUAUAGUUAACUAUUAAGUUAAAAUGUCAUUUACCAUGCUUUUUACACUAAAAGCUUUAACUUUUCUGAUAAAAUAAUAUUUUAAAUGUUCAAUUAUUACUUCUGAGGAAAGCUACUUCUAGCAUUCUUUGUCAUGAUAUGCUUGUGUGCAGUAAGCGGAGCAUUUUCAGCCACUUACCUCUACAUUCUUCUUGUUUUUCAGUUUCUGAUUUAGAUUAUAAAAGGCAAAUGAUUAAUUUAAUUUGAUACUCAGAGUUGUGUUUACCUUUAAUGGACAAAUAUAUGUCAGAUACUUUGAUGUUU